GGUGAACCUUCGCACACAGCAGCCCCACUGAAAAAGCCUCCAGAAGUCUGUGACCAGGCCAAAGCAGCUGGGUGUGGGUUGACCUUGUCGGGCCCCCUGGGGGCCUCUGCUCUCUCUUCUGCUUGCCAGGUGCCAGGGUUAGGCCUCUAAGGCAACCCCAGGACCCAUGGCCACCAGACAGGCUGGGAGUGCUGGGAGCAGCCUCCCUGGAGGGCAGAGGACUUCCACUUCCCUCUGCCCCACCUCUUGGGGCCUCCUGGGCUGGGCGAAUCAGAACGCAGGCCGCCAGGGACUGUCCCCCUGUGGGAGGACUGGUGGGACUGUGGAGUUAACCAGAACCCAUCAGGAAGUGCACAGGCGUCCCAGCGUGCUCCUCUUCCCUGCAGUCACGGGGAGCAUCUCCCAGAGGCUCCGCAGCCCAGGCUCCUGGUUCGUCUGCGGUCAGGUGGGUCCUGGACCCUCAGCCUGCCUGCUGGGGCCAUGUCAGACUACGAGAACGAUGAUGAGUGCUGGAGUGCCCUGGAGGGCUUCCGGGUGACGCUCACCUCUGUCAUCGACCCCUCACGCAUCACGCCCUACCUGCGGCAGUGCAAGGUCCUGAACCCCGAUGAUGAGGAGCAGGUGCUCAGUGACCCCAACCUGGUCAUCCGCAAACGGAAAGUGGGUGUUCUCCUGGACAUCCUGCAGCGGACAGGCCACAAGGGCUACGUGGCCUUCCUGGAGAGCCUAGAGCUCUACUACCCACAGCUGUACAAGAAGGUCACAGGCAAGGAGCCAGCCCGCGUUUUCUCCAUGAUCAUCGAUGCGUCCGGGGAGUCAGGCCUGACGCAGCUGCUGAUGACCGAGGUCAUGAAGCUGCAGAAGAAGGUGCAGGACCUGACCGCGCUGCUGAGCUCCAAGGACGACUUCAUCAAGGAGCUGCGGGUGAAGGACAGUCUGCUUCGCAAGCACCAGGAGCGCGUGCAGAGGCUCAAGGAGGAGUGUGAGGCCGGCAGCCGUGAGCUCAAGCGCUGCAAGGAGGAGAACUAUGACCUGGCCAUGCGCCUGGCGCGCCAGAGCGAGGAGAAGGGCACCGCGCUCAUGCGGAACCGCGACCUGCAGCUGGAGAUCGACCGGCUCAAGCACAGCCUCAUGAAGGCCGAGGACGAUUGCAAGGUGGAGCGCAAGCACACGCUGAAGCUCAGGCACGCCAUGGAGCAGCGGCCCAGCCAGGAGCUGCUGUGGGAGCUGCAGCAGGAGAAGGCCCUGCUGCAGGCCCGGGUGCAGGAGCUGGAGGCCUCGGUUCAGGAGGGGAAGCUGGACAGGAGCAGCCCCUACAUCCAGGUGCUGGAAGAGGACUGGAGGCAGGCGCUGCGGGGCCAUCAGGAGCAGGCCAGCACCAUCUUCUCCCUGCGCAAGGACCUCCGCCAGGGCGAGGCCCGUCAUGCCCGGUGCAUGGAGGAGAAGGAGAUGUUGGAGCUGCAGUGCCGGGCCCUGCGCAAGGACUCCAAGGUGUACAAGGACCGCAUCGAGGCCAUCCUGCUGCAGAUGGAGGAGGUCGCCGUGGAGCGGGACCAGGCCAUCGCCACACGGGAGGAGCUGCACACCCUGCACGCCCGGGGCCUGCAGGAGAAGGACGCGCUGCGCAAGCACGUGCGGGAGCUGGGCGAGAAGGCUGACGAGCUGCAGCUGCAGCUGUUCCAGCGUGAGGCGCAGCUCCUGGCCGUGGAGGGCAGGCUCAGGCGGCAGCAGCUGGAGAUGCUCGUCCUGAGCUCCGACCUGGAGGAUGGCUCACCCAGGAGCUCCCAGGAGCUCUCGCUCCCCCAGGACCUGGAGGAGGACACCCAGCUCUCAGACAAAGGUGGCCUGGCCGGUGGUGGGAGCCAGGAGCAGCCCUUUGCAGCUCUGCACCAGGAGCAGCUUUCACUGACCCCCCAUGACGCAGGCCUGAGCAGCGGGGAGCCCCCAGAAAAGGAGCGGCGGCGCCUCAAGGAGAGUUUUGAGAACUACCGCCGGAAGCGUGCCCUCAGGAAGAUGCAGAACGGCUGGCGGCAGGGGGAGGCGGACCGGGAGAACACCACGGGCAGCGACAACACCGACACCGAGGGCUCCUAGCCGCAGCAGCGAGGGCCUGGCCCAGGGCACGCCCACCGGCCCUGACACCCAAGGGUGCUGACGCCCUGGGCUUGGAACCGGGAGUCUGGUGCCCUGAAAGCCCCAGCCGGGCCGCCGAGCGUUGGGGUGUUCUGUUAAGCGGCCUUCAGCUUGCGGAGCCCACACGGGUGCUCGCCACCCGUGCACACGCAUUUGUGUAACUUGAGGGUCUGCCGUAUUUCACCGUGUAACACACGAUACAUGCAUGCAUUGUGUAAGUGUUAGAAAACGCGCCUACGUAAAUAAAUAGCACGGGUGACCCGAA